UUCAUGCAUUCAUUCACGACGUUUCUCGAAUAAUAUGAAUUAGAGUUAUCUGCCGUCAGCCGAUAUUUGUAAGAAUUCUGCUACUUUAUCUGCGAAGGUUACUUAAAAGUUAAUAUUAGUGUAAAAAUAGUGCAACGCAUGGUUAACAAUUAAUUAAAUAAAUAAGAUCUUAUUAAAAAACGAUAAGCCUUGAACUACAUCUAUUUGUGGUGAUCAAAAAUACGCCGAUCAUUGGUCACCUCGUGUUAACGCUUAGACUGGAAAAUGGCCAAAUGGGGAGAAGGUGAUCCUCGGUGGAUCGUGGAAGAACGCCCCGAUGCGACAAAUGUGAAUAACUGGCAUUGGACCGAGAAGAACGCGGGGCCGUGGUCGAAAGAUCAGUUAAAAGAGCUGCUGAAUAAUUUAAAGAUAUCGCAAAAUGGUAUAGAUUGUAAGAUUACUGAAGUGGAGAAGAUAGAUGGAGAGGCCACUGCAAAUAAUAGGAAAGGGAAAUUAAUAUUCUUUUAUGAGUGGGACAUAAAAUUGAAAUGGGAAGGCUUAUUGGCUGGUGCCAAGGAUAAAGUGAAGGGUGAGAUCCAUAUCCCGAAUUUGUCUGAAGAAAAUGAUGUCAGUGAAGUAGAUAUGACUGUCACAAUCAAAGGCAGUGGUGAUGAAGCACAGAGGGUUAAAGCUUUUAUGCAUAAUGUGGGAAGAGAUGAGAUUCGUAAGCAAUUGAAAGAGUAUAUAAGAAGCUUGAAAGAAGAAUUCUCAAAGGGUUUAAUCCUGCCAAAAAAAGGAGAAGCCCCUGUAAAACCAGAUAAUGUCUCAACGAUCACUAGUGGAUUCAACAAGAAAAUAAACAUGGAGCCGGUAAUUGCUUCCCAGAAUUCACAAAUUGGUUGUAAAUUAGACACAAAAUCAAUUGAAUUAUCGGAGUCCUUUCAAUGUCGAGCUCAUGAGUUUUAUGAAGCUAUGACUCGAAUAGAAAUGGUGACUGCUUUCACUCAAGGACAUGUGAAGAUGGAGGCUGAGAAAGGUGGCAAGUUUUCACUGUUUGGUGGUAAUGUUAGUGGAGAAUUUCGAGAGCUAGUGCCGGGGAAGAAAAUUGUACAGUAUUGGAGAUAUAAGCAGUGGCCUGAUCAACAUUUCUCUGAAGUCACUUUUAAUAUAGAAGAAAAGGAUGAUCAUACAUUAGUGACUCUGAAGCAGGAUCUUGUUCCAGCAACAGAGGUAGAUCAAACACGUGACAACUGGAGGCGGUAUUACUUUGACAGCAUUAAGCGGGCAUUCGGCUUUGGUGCCUUCCUGUGAUCUGAGAAUGGCUGAGACAAAUUAGGUUGAAUUGUAUCACUGCUAACACAUUGACGAGAAUUUUGAUUGAAACAAGCAAUGUUCAUUCUUAUUCUGUAUAAGACUUUGUGAUUUUGAAUCCAUUAUUUUUCCAAAACACACGUUACACUCGCUUAGUAUUUGUAUACAUUUGAACCAUAAAUGGAUUGCUAUAUACAGGUGUCUCUCUGCUUUAUUAGCUAAUGUAUUGUGAAACUAAUUAUUUUAUGGUCUUUCCAAUAAAUUAUGUUAGGAAGCAA